GGAAAGGUAGCCAAACCCCAAAUAGGGUUUUUAGUCCCGCUCUGCCUAUUCACACUGAUAUGAUAUCGUAAAGAGUCUAUUCCAUCUUCUUCACCAGCGACUCUGUUACUGUGAAUGUUCAAUUGAAACCAAAACCCUAAAUUAAACCCUAACCACUCUACACCAUGUAUCUCUACAGUCUCACUCUCCAGCGUCCCACCGGCAUCAUCUGUGCCAUCAACGGCAACUUCUCCGGCGGCAAGAGCCAGGAAAUCGUCGUCGCCCGAGGCAAGGUCCUUGAUCUCCUCCGUCCCGACGACAAUGGCCGGAUCCAAACCAUCCUCUCCGUCGAAAUCUUCGGCGCCAUUCGCUCUCUCGCUCAGUUCCGCCUCAUGGGCGCUCAGAAGGACUACAUCGUCGUUGGCUCCGACUCCGGCCGCAUCGUAAUCCUCGAAUAUAACAAAGAGAAAAACGUAUUCGACAAAGUUCACCAAGAAACCUUUGGAAAAUCUGGUUGCCGCCGAAUUGUCCCAGGUCAGUACCUCGCCAUCGAUCCAAAGGGUAGGGCCGUUAUGAUUGGCGCCUGCGAGAAGCAGAAACUUGUUUAUGUUUUGAAUAGGGACACUGCUGCUAGGUUAACCAUUUCUUCCCCUUUAGAAGCUCAUAAAUCGCACACUUUAGUUUAUUCAAUUUGCGGUGUUGACUGUGGCUUUGAGAACCCUAUUUUUGCUGCUAUUGAAUUGGACUACUCUGAGGCCGACCAGGAUUCCACUGGUCAUGCUGCUCGUGAUGCUCAGAAGCAUUUGACCUUUUAUGAGCUUGAUCUUGGGCUCAACCAUGUUUCGCGGAAGUGGUCCGAGCAGGUUGAUAAUGGGGCCAAUUUGCUUGUUACUGUUCCUGGGGGUGGUGAUGGCCCUAGCGGGGUGCUUGUUUGUGCUGAAAAUUUUGUUAUUUAUAAGAAUCAGGGUCAUCCUGAUGUUAGGGCUGUGAUUCCACGGCGAGAGGACUUGCCGGCUGAGCGUGGCGUGCUUAUUGUCUCUGCUGCCAUGCAUAAACUGAAGAGCAUGUUCUUCUUCCUCCUGCAGACGGAGUAUGGGGAUAUUUUUAAGGUCACAUUGGAACACAACAAUGACCGUGUAUCUGAAUUGAAGAUUAAAUAUUUUGAUACUAUUCCUGUUACUGCUUCGAUGUGUGUGCUGAAGUCAGGGUUCUUAUUUGCUGCCUCAGAGUUUGGGAACCAUGCUUUGUAUCAAUUUAAGUCUAUAGGUGAUGAGGAUGAUGUGGAGGCAUCAUCUGCCACUUUAAUGGAAACCGAGGAAGGUUUUCCGCCUGUGUUUUUCCAGCCCAGGAGGCUGAAAAACCUUGUCAGGAUUGACCAGGUUGAGAGUUUAAUGCCAAUAAUGGAUAUGAAGGUCAGUAAUCUCUUUGAAGAGGAAACUCCUCAGAUUUUUACUCUCUGUGGACGUGGUCCUAGGUCGUCUUUGAGGAUUUUAAGAACUGGUUUAGCAGUUAGUGAGAUGGCUGUGUCUAAGCUUCCUGGUAUACCAAGUGCUGUUUGGACUGUGAAGAAGAAUGUUAUUGACGAGUUUGAUGCUUACAUUGUUGUGUCAUUCACAAACGCAACUCUUGUGCUUUCCAUUGGUGAGACUGUUGAAGAAGUUAGUGACAGUGGGUUUCUUGACACGACUCCCUCCCUUGCUGUUUCUUUGAUAGGAGAUGAUUCUCUCAUGCAGGUUCACCCAAAUGGUAUUAGGCAUAUCAGGGAGGAUGGCCGUAUUAAUGAAUGGAGAACACCUGGAAAGAGAACAAUUUCAAAAGUUGGAUCAAAUAGGCUUCAGGUUGUUAUUGCACUCAGUGGAGGGGAGCUUAUAUAUUUUGAAGUUGAUGUUACUGGUCAGUUGAUGGAGGUGGAGAAGCAUGAAAUGUCUGGAGAUGUUGCUUGUUUAGACAUUGCUCCAGUGCCCGAAGGCAGACAAAGAUCUCGAUUUCUUGCAGUUGGCUCAUAUGACAAGACCAUCCGCAUCUUAUCACUGGAUCCUGAUGAUUGUAUGCAGGCACUAAGCGUUCAGAGUGUUUCUUCAGCUCCAGAAUCUCUACUUUUUCUUGAAGUUCAAGCUUCUGUUGGUGGUGAGGAUGGUGCAGAUCAUCCUGCUAGCCUAUUCUUGAAUGCUGGGUUACAGAAUGGUGUGUUGUUUAGAACUGUGGUGGACAUGGUUACAGGUCAGCUUUCUGAUUCGCGUUCCAGGUUCUUAGGAUUGAGAGCCCCAAAGCUGUUUCUCAUCAUUGUGAGAGGCAAGCGGGCUAUGCUUUGUUUGUCUAGUCGACCCUGGCUUGGUUAUAUUCACCAAGGACAUUUUCUUUUAACACCCCUUUCAUAUGAAACCCUUGAAUAUGCUGCUUCAUUUUCAUCUGACCAGUGUGUAGAAGGUGUAGUUGCUGUUGCUGGCGAGGCCUUGAGAAUUUUUACCAUAGAAAGGUUAGGAGAAACAUUCAAUGAAACUGUAAUUCCAUUAAGGUACACACCAAGGAAAUUUGUGCUGCAACCCAAACGAAAACUCCUUGUGAUGAUUGAGAGUGAUCAGGGAGCAUUAACUGCAGAAGAGCGUGAAGCUGCUAGGAAAGAGUGUUUUGAGGCUGCUCAAGCCGGGGAGAAUGGUCCUGGAAAUGCGGACCAAAUGGAGAAUGGUGGUGAUGAUGAAGAUAAAGAUGAUCCCCUCUCUGAUGAACACUAUGGCUAUCCAAAAGCUGAAUCAGAGAAAUGGGUUUCAUGCAUCAGAGUUCUUGAUCCCAGGACAGGAAAUACAACUUGUCUUUUGGAGCUUCAGGAGAAUGAGGCUGCUUUCAGCAUAUGCACAGUAAAUUUCCAUGAUAAGGAAUAUGGAACCCUUUUAGCUGUUGGGACGGCAAAGGGACUGCAAUUUUUGCCCAAAAGGACUGUAACUGCAGGAUUUAUUCAUAUUUAUAGGUUUGUAGAGGAUGGAAGAUCUCUUGAACUUCUUCACAAAACACAGGUAGAAGGUGUUCCUCUUGCUCUAUGUCAGUUUCAAGGAAGAUUACUUGCAGGGAUAGGACCUGUGCUCAGGUUAUAUGAUUUGGGAAAAAGACGUCUGUUAAGAAAAUGUGAGAAUAAGCUAUUCCCCAACACAAUUGUCUCUAUUCAGGCAUAUCGUGAUCGAAUUUAUGUUGGUGAUGUUCAAGAGUCUUUCCAUUACUGCAAGUAUAGGCGGGACGAAAACCAACUGUAUAUAUUUGCCGAUGAUUGCGUUCCAAGGUGGCUUACUGCAUCGUACCACAUAGAUUUUGACACCAUGGCAGGCGCAGACAAGUUUGGAAAUAUCUAUUUUGUGCGGCUGCCACAAGAUGUUUCAGAUGAGAUAGAAGAAGAUCCUACUGGUGGUAGGAUCAAGUGGGAGCAAGGAAAGCUGAAUGGAGCUCCCAAUAAGGUGGAAGAAAUUGUACAGUUUCAUGUUGGUGAUGUGGUCACAUGCUUGCAAAAGGCUUCUCUCAUACCAGGUGGUGGAGAGUGCAUUGUAUUUGGAACAGUUAUGGGAAGUGUGGGUGCUCUACAUGCCUUUACUUCACGAGAUGAUGUUGACUUCUUUUCUCAUUUGGAGAUGCAUAUGAGACAGGAUCACCCACCUUUGUGCGGAAGAGACCACAUGGCAUAUAGGUCUGCAUAUUUUCCCGUUAAGGAUGUUAUUGAUGGGGAUCUAUGCGAGCAAUUCCCAACAUUGCCAAUGGAUUUGCAGAGAAAAAUCGCUGAUGAAUUGGACAGAACCCCUGGAGAGAUACUGAAGAAACUCGAGGAAGUGAGAAAUAAGAUUAUUUAAGAAAUGGUUGCAUGAAAGGUCAUGGUGGAAAUAUGUUUUUCUAGUAGGUCAUUUGCCCGCCGCAGCUAGGUCAAAUACUAACAAAGUGAAGUAAGCUCGUGUAUCUCAUUAAUAGGGGAACGGUGAUUUCUUGUCAUAUUUAAUUGGAGGGGGAUGAAGGAACCUGGCGAUAACUCUACUCUGUAUUGGAGUCAAACCCACAAGCCUCAGUUGGCAAUUUAUGUUGUAAUUAGUCCUAGUUAACUGUUAUCACGCUUUGUGGAUGUGAUAACGUGCCACAUCGCUUCAUAUCUACAACUCACUCAGCAACCCCUCUCUUUUACUCAAAUGAGAUGUUUGAUUUAACUGGAUUUGAAAUUUAGUGUAGAUUAUCACUUUACCAUUUCAACGAAAAGUUAGUUCUAGUUUUCCAAAAUUAAACGCUUGCAUUUAAUGUACCUAUCAAAAUUCAUCAUCAAACAUUAUGCACGAAAGUAAUGAUUAGAGAUUUUUUAUUUAUUUAUUUAA